GUCUUCUUCCCCAGCGGUGGAGAGAGAAUCGAAGGCCAGAAGCUCUGAUUGGUUUGAGCCUGUUCCGCGACUUCGCAGCCUCCUCCGGUGUCUCCGAUCACCGAUUGGGCUUCUCCUGCUUGGCCUGGUCUCUCAGCUUGUGUUUGUAGCUGAGAAACCAGAGAAGAGUUAUUACCCUGUGGAGUUGAUCAGAAAGCUUCCAGUUUCAUUGGAAGGAGUGUCCAAGAAUGAGUGUUAUGAAGCGGUAUGUGCUGCGGUUAUUCAUAUCAUUGAAGUACAUCACAGCAAAUGUCGUUGACAGAAAUAAUGGUCGAAUUGUUGUAACAGCAUCUACAAUUGAACAUUCAGUUAAGCACUCACUGGAGUGUGGGCGCUCUUGCAAUGCAAAGGCAGCAUCAGUUGUUGGAGAGGUGCUCGCUAUGCGACUUAAGGUGGAAGGUCUUGACCAGGGACAAGGACGAGGAAUUCAUGUUAAUGUGAAUAGUGAAGUUGAGAAGAAGGGUUUCAAGAACCGUACCAAGGUAUGGGCUAUUGUCAAUGCUCUUAAAAACAAUGGAGUUAAACUUGUUCUUGAUGAUAAUGAUGAAACCAGUUCGCGGCCAAGUUAAUAAAUAAAAUAAUCCGUUUUACC